CUAUGAACUCUAGGUGAGUAGGUACCUACAUACGGUACGUCGCACACUGGUUUCCGCACUACAUAACCUGGCCCCCCGCAACCGCCCCCGCCCCCCGCUGCCCCGCAACGUCUCUCCCUCCAGCCUCCAGGUCCCACCAGCCUCCAGCCUUCAGCAACCUUCUCCCCCUCCAUCUCUCACCACGACCACAUGGCGCCGACAAGACCGUGCAUAUUCUUCCAGCAAGGCCGCUGUCGCAACGGUGAUGGUUGCACGUAUUCGCACAUCGCAGCUCCGGCCACGGCUGUCCCGCCGUCGGCCGCGGCAACCCCAACGCCAAUUCGGCAAAGACCGGCGGGUGCGGUUGUGCGACAGUCGGCGCACCUGGCGCACCUGGCGCUUAGGGAGGGCGGAGUCGGACGAGCCGGUACGGACUUGCGCACAGUGGGCGCGGCGGCGCCGGGGGUGGAACGUGGUUGGUGGUCGCGGAGGACGACAGCGGCGGGACCGGGAUUGGUCCGUCUGGUGCCGUGUAGGUUCUUUCAGAUGGGACACUGUCGGCGCGGCGAGUGCUGCGAGUUCUCGCAUGUCACGGCGUCUACGCUCACAGCGAUCCCGUGGGAACAGUGGAAUCGGGAGCGAUUACUGCGGGCUUGGUGCAGACGGUAUGCACCUUGUGCUCUUAUUUCGCUGGUGAUGAUAUGACAGAUAUUGACUGUUGACAUGUUCCCCAGUUCGGCCGAUCCAUACCCAUGG